AUGCUUACCAAAACCCUUGUUUUUGUACUUUUAUUGGCGGCGGCGGAGGCACAAAAGCCGAAACGCUACAAGUGUGUUUUGGUGGACGAUGACGAGCCGGUGGUGGGGGAUGCUGGUGGUCCUAGCUACUUGAAUGAGUUGAAGCAGCGACGGCUACAGAGUACGAUUAGGAGUGGCGAAACCGGCCCGGAUUCUGAUAAUGUACGAUUUUUUGGAUUAUUUAUUGUUUUAAAUAUUUUUUUUGAUUUGCAUAACUUUUUUAGGUAGUCUGCAUAAUAUAAGAUUGUUAGUAAAGUAUUGUCGCUAAAUUGUAUACUUUUUCACGUAAAAAACGACAAUACUUUUAUGUAACACAUUAAUAUAUAGUCCUAUGCUACUUUACAAGGUUUAAUUUUUGUUAUAUAAGCAUUGCAAAUUAAAAAAAAAUUAUAAGCCCAAAAAUGAAUAAAUGAUAACUUUAGAUUCAAUUUUAGAUACAAAUAAGCCGAGUAGCACCAGAAUCACCACAGGUACAACCAAAAGUCCGCAAAGUUAAUGUAGCUCCAAUCAGAGCUCCGUUACCUUUGGCUACAACCCAACCACCGCCUCCGCCACCUCAGCCAGCUCCAACGCAGAAACUGAAGCAGGUUACUCUAAAUCGAGGUAACAGGCCGUCGAAUGUCAACUUCAACAUUCCGCUUGGUCUACCCUCGUUACAAGUAACGCCACCGCCUGGUCAGGAUCUACAGUUGUCGCCUGAACAUUGUCAUAUGGUAUGUUAGUUAAUUCUUGUGUAUCUUGGGUGUAGUGGGGUGGGAAAAAAUUGCACAAAAUUUUUUUUUGAACAAUUGUCUGUGGUUUCUAAAUUUAAAAUUUCUUUAUAAGCGUGACUUGAUGUUGUCACUUUUAAAUUUACGAUGAAAGAUAAUCCUGAAUCUAAUAAUACUGAUUAAAAAGGCAAAUGGAUAAAAAUAAGAUUUUAACCUUUAGUUUUAUUAAACUUUUACACUAUUAUUUUAAACUUUUGAAAAAUUUUUAUUUUUUAAUUAUCAUUUAUCUUUACAUUUUUUAAAUUUAUUAAAAAAAUUUCAGAUAAGUCACUACGCUACAUUGUACGGUGUAACAGAUGUGACGGGCUGGGUACACAAAAAUUGUGGUUUUGCCAAAAUGUACCUUCCCAACUCUUCGUGCGAAGAGAUCGACGUUCUCGUAGCGUCGUGCUACAAAUAA